GUCUGAACUUUAGGCUUAAGCACUUGAAUUUUUGUACUACUUUUACUGUUUUGUACAAGUGCCAAGUAUCCAUUCUUCUCAGGUUGUAAAUAAAAUAUGGUUCAGAAUACCAUCUCUAUUUGCAGCGCCAGGAAAAACUGCUGUUAAACUUAUAACUCGAUAACCUUAUUCUUUUAGCAAUUUUACCUCCGUUGUGAUUUUUAAUGAAGUCCUUAUUGCUUUUUUUUUUUUUUUCCUUGACCUACUUUCAAGAGCUUUCAUAUACAACGUGUUUUCAGUGGUGGUGAUUUCUGUAGUGUGUAGGAGAGUCUUAAAUCGCGGUGGAACAGAUUAGUUGGCUAUCAUUUAUUCCAUAAAUGUCUUCGUGGUUUCAAAUCACCUGGUUCCAACGUCCACAAUUUCACAGUCUGAAAUCUUUUAAGCUCUGCUUUUCAUGGGUUUGCUCCGUUCUCCAAACUGAGGACUGACUGGACCUCAUUCUGCUGUGAUCCAAUUGUUAUUUUUCUUUGUUGCCUCCACCCCCUAGAGAUUGUAUUUUCAAGGGAGAUGCGUUCUUGGGGCUGCAGAGAGUGGGACGAGAUCUGGUACCUCAGGCAAUAGGAGGAGAUCCCUCCUCCGCAUCCCGGUGAGAAGCUGGGGACAAUUUUGACAGUUCAGUCUCGCUUUGGCUCUCGGGCUUGUGGUCCAUGGGUCGGUUUUACCUGCUCCCACUUCGCCUGCCUCUGGCCUGCCUUCGGGCCAAUAGCAAAUGCAGCCCUUACCCCACCCCACCCAGAGCGCUCCCUCACCCGUUCUCUUGGGGAACUGGGGCAUGUGUCCGUAGAAGAUUUCGGGGACUGGGGAAAGCCACGCCGGAUCCGGACGCUCGAAAGGGCAGCCCCUCCCUAAGCUUUUCCCCGCGUCGCGGCACCCACGUGACCGAGAACAGGCCUCCACCGGCCCGCCCCUUUCGUCCGCUGCUGCCCACUUCCCGCUCGCGGUGCGUACGCGACGGAGCGGGGUGUGAAGAUGGCGGACGAAGAGGCCGAGCAGGAGAGGUUGAGUCGCGGCGGAGGCGGCUGCGCCGCGGAGCUGCAGCGCCUGGGCGAGCGGCUCCAGGAGCUGGAGCGGCAGCUGCGGGAGAGCCGGGUGCCGGCCGUGGAGGCGGCCACGGAGUACUGUCAGCAGCUGUGCCAGACACUCCUUGAAUAUGCAGAGAAAUGGAAAACUUCAGAAGAUCCUUUACCUUUAUUGGAGGUAUACACAGUGGCUAUCCAAAGUUACGUUAAAGCCCGACCUUAUCUUACCUCUGAAUGUGAAAAUGUAGCUUUGGUUCUGGAACGCUUGGCAUUAAGCUGUGUUGAACUUUUGCUGUGUCUGCCUGUUGAAUUAUCUGAUAAGCAGUGGGAGCAAUUUCAGACACUGGUGCAGGUAGCUCAUGAAAAGCUGAUGGAGAAUGGCAGCUGUGAAUUGCAUUUUUUAGCUACUCUAGCUCAAGAGACUGGGGUGUGGAAAAACCCGGUACUGUGCACUAUUCUUUCCCAGGAACCAUUGGAUAAGGAUAAAGUGAAUGAAUUUUUAGCUUUUGAGGGUCCCAUCUUGUUGGAUAUGAGAAUUAAACAUCUAAUCAAAACAAAUCAGUUAAGUCAAGCAACUGCUCUAGCAAAGCUGUGUUCUGACCAUCCAGAGAUUGGUACAAAAGGUAGUUUUAAGCAAACUUACCUUGUCUGUCUUUGUACAUCAUCACCAAAUGAAAAGUUAAUCGAAGAGAUUUCAGAAGUUGAUUGCAAAGAUGCCCUAGAAAUGAUCUGUAACUUAGAAUCUGAGGGUGAUGAAAAAAGUGCUCUUGUCUUAUGUACUGCAUUUUUAUCACGUCAGCUUCAACAGGGAGAUAUGUACUGUGCUUGGGAACUCACUCUCUUUUGGAGUAAAUUACAGCAGAGAGUAGAACCAUCUAUUCAAGUGUACCUAGAAAGGUGUCGUCAACUUUCUUUGUUAACCAAGACAGUAUAUCACAUUUUCUUCCUGAUUAAAGUUAUUAAUUCAGAGACUGAAGGAGCUGGACUUGCCACUUGUAUAGAGCUGUGUGUAAAAGCUCUUCGCCUGGAAUCUACAGAAAACACUGAAGUGAAAAUAUCUAUCUGCAAGACCAUUUCAUGCUUGUUGCCUGAUGAUCUGGAAGUUAAACGUGCUUGUCAACUGAGUGAAUUUCUUAUUGAGCCUACAGUAGAUGCAUAUUAUGCUGUGGAAAUGUUGUAUAACCAGCCAGACCAGAAAUAUGAUGAAGAGAAUCUUCCAAUACCAAAUUCUCUACGCUGUGAGCUCUUACUUGUAUUGAAAACUCAGUGGCCCUUUGAUCCAGAAUUCUGGGAUUGGAAAACUUUAAAACGACAGUGUCUGGCAUUAAUGGGAGAAGAAGCAUCCAUUGUGUCUUCAAUAGAUGAAUUAAAUGACAGUGAGGUUUAUGAGAAAGUAGCAGACUACCAGGAAGAUAGUAAAGACACUUCUGUGAAUGGUGGAAUUGGUGCUAAUUCUGGCCUUAGAGACAUUUGUGAUGAAAAGCAGAAAAAGAGAGAGAUAAAACAGUUAAGAGAGAGGGGAUUUAUAUCAGCUCGGUUCAGGAAUUGGCAAGCCUACAUGCAGUAUUGUGUGCUAUGUGACAAAGAGUUCCUUGGUCAUCGAAUAGUACGACAUGCUCAAAAGCAUUACAAAGAUGGGAUUUACAGUUGCCCCAUAUGUGCAAAGAACUUUAAUUCUAAAGAAACUUUUGUCCCUCACGUCACGUUGCAUGUUAAACAAUCAAGUAAAGAGAGACUGGCAGCUAUGAAACCAUUAAGAAGGUUGGGAAGGCCUCCUAAGAUCACAGCUACCAACGAGAAUCAGAAGACAAAUGCUGUGGCCAAGCAGGAGCAGCGGCCGAUCAAGAAGAACAGUCUCUAUUCCACAGAUUUCAUAGUGUUUAAUGACAAUGACGGCUCAGAUGAUGAAACUGACGACAAAGACAAAUCUUACGAGCCAGAGAUGAUCCCAGUCCAGAAACCAGUACCUGUUAAUGAGUUCAAUUGUCCUGUCACUUUUUGUAAAAAGGGCUUUAAGUACUUUAAAAAUUUAAUUGCUCACGUAAAGGGACAUAAGGAUAAUGAAGAUGCCAAGCGCUUUCUUGAAAUGCAAAGCAAAAAAGUUAUUUGCCAGUACUGUAGGCGGCAUUUUGUAAGUGUUACUCAUCUCAAUGAUCACUUACAAAUGCACUGUGGCAGUAAACCAUACAUCUGUAUACAAAUGAAGUGUAAGGCUGGUUUUAACAGCUAUGCGGAGCUCUUAACCCACCGAAAGGAACAUCAAGUCUUUAGAGCAAAGUGCAUGUUUCCUAAAUGUGGUCGAAUUUUUUCAGAAGCUUAUUUACUGUAUGACCAUGAAGCACAGCAUUAUAAUACCUACACGUGUAAGUUCACAGGUUGUGGUAAAGUUUACCGUUCUCAGAGUGAGCUUGAAAAGCAUCUGGAAGAUCACAAUAAGCCUGAAGAAGUGCUGCCUCCUGAAGACCAACUUAAUUCAGCCAGAGAUUCUGUUCAGCCUUCCAGAGUAAAUCAGAGUACAGAAGGGAAUGCUGAGAAGGAAAGAUCCAUGCUUCCUUCAGAAAAUAGUGUUGAAAACACCAUCCCAGCUGAUAGAAGUGGUGCUUGGGAUAAAAGCAAGGCAGAAUCACCUGUGACCAAGCAAGACCAGAUUUCUGCUUCGGAGCUUGGGCAGGCUGAUGGACCACUGCCAAAUGGUUUGGGAAACGCUGCUCCUACUCCUCUGCUUCAGGCCAGUGAAGUAGCCGUGUCCAUUAAGGUGUCCCUCAAUCAGGGGAUCGAGGAGAACUUUGGAAAGCAAGAAAACUCGACUGUGGAAAGCACUGGUGAAUCACUGGUCACAAACUUAAAUAUACCAGUUGAAAAUGCUUAUAAUGAUUUGUGUCACACGGAUUUCCAAGAGAGAAAGGAACAGGAUUGUUUUAAUGAAACCCAGAUUACUCAGAAUUCUUUAGUGGCCUCAGAAGCCCUCAAGAUAGACGGCAUGACCACACAAAACUUAGAAAGACAAGUGAGCAACCUGAUGACCUUUUCUGUGCAAAACCAGGCAGGGUUUCAGAACAGUUUGCCAACUCCCAAGUUUGAAUGUGGAGGUAAUGUUAAAACGUCAUCCAGUCUUUAUAAUUUACCUCUGAAGACGCUGGAAAGUAUCACAUUUGUUCCACCACAGCCCAACCUCAGUAAUUCUUUAGGAACUCCAUCAGUGCCUCCAAAAGCGCCAGUUCAGAAAUUCAGUUGCCAGGUUGAGGGAUGUACUCGAACCUACAACUCUUCACAGAGUAUUGGGAAACACAUGAAGACAGCACACCCCGACCAGUAUGCAGCAUUCAAAAUGCAGCGCAAAAGCAAAAGGGGCCAGAAAGCUAACAAUUUAAAUACACCAAAUAAUGGAAAGUUUGUUUAUUUUUUGCCAUCGCAGGUGAGCAGCUCUAAUAAUGCGUUUUUUACACCACAGACCAAAGCCAGUGGGACUCCUGCCUGUUCUCCUCAGUUGCAGCAUGUCUCAUCAUCCAUUUUCCCAGCUCAUCUAGCGAGUGUGUCAGCUCCACUGUUGCCCUCAGUGGAAAGUGUCAUAAAUCCAAGUAUACCUUCUCAGGAUAAAAACGAACAAGGUGGUGGUCUGUUAUGUUCCCAGAUGGAGACUUUAUCUAGCACCACCUUGCCAGCACAAAUGGAAGACCUAACCAAAACGGUUUUGCCUUUGAAUAUCGACAGCGGCUCAGAUCCUUUCCUUCCGUUACCUGCAGAAAGCAGCUCAGUGUCUCUCUUCCCUUCACCAGCAGACAGUGGGACUAACUCUGUUUUCUCCCAACUGGAAAAUAAUACAAGUCAUUUUUCUUCACAGAUCGAAGGAAAUGCCAAUUCCUCCUUUCUAAAGGGAGGGAAUGGCGAGAAUGCAGUUUUUCCUUCACAAGUCAGUGUUGCAAAUGACUUCAGUGGCACUGGUGCCCAACAGCCUGGACCAGAAAAAGUGAAAAAAGACCGCGGGCGGGGCCCAAAUGGGAAGGAAAGAAAACCUAAGCACAACAAAAGGGCUAAAUGGCCGGCAAUCAUCAGAGAUGGGAAAUUUAUCUGUAGCAGGUGUUACAGGGCUUUCACUAACCCCAGAUCUCUGGGUGGACACUUGUCUAAGCGAUCUUACUGUAAACCACUGGAUGGAGCAGAAAUUGCUCAAGAACUUCUACAGAAUAAUGGGCAGCCUUCUCUUCUUGCCAGCAUGAUUCUCUCCACAAAUGCCGUGAACUUGCAGCAGCCACAACAGUCUACAUUCAGUGCAGAAGCAUGUUUUAAAGAUCCAGCAUUCCUGCAACUUCUUGCUGCCGAAAACCGCUCCUCAACAUUUUUACCAAAUACAUUUCCUCGGACUGCUGUGACUAGCUUUAAUACAAGUGUUAGUCAAGAGGGGAGCGAAAUCAUUAAACAGGCUUUGGAAACUGCUGGCAUUCCCAGUACAUUUGAGGGUGCCGAUGUGCUCUCUCACGUCCCCACAGGUUGUGUCUCUGACACAGCACAAGUAAACACAACAGUGAUGCCAAAUCCACCUGUGCCAACCCUGCUGCAGACAGUGUGCCACCCAAGCCCCGUGUUGACAGACCAGAAUGGGACACCAAACCCCAAAACUUCCUCCAUUGAGGAAUGCAGCAGUUUGCCUGUUUUUCCAACAAACGACUUACUACUAAAGACUGUUGAAAAUGGUUUGUGUUCUAGUUCAUUCCCUAAUUCUAGCGGGCCAUCACAAAAUUUUACCAGUAGCAGUUCUCGUGUUUCAGUUAUAAGUGGUCCUCAGAACACAAGGUCUAGUCAUUUAAAUAAGAAGGGAAACAGUGCUUCUAAGAGAAGAAAGAAAGUUACUCCUCCACUAAUUGCCCCUAAUACUCCCCAAAACUUGGUAACGAGUGACUUAACAGCAAUGGGACUUAUAGCAAAGAGUAUUGAAAUACCAACUACUAACCUUCAUUCCACUGUAAUUCCCAAUUGUGAACCUCAGGGUUUGGUGGAAAAUCUAACACAAAAAUUAAAUAAUGUUGACAAUCAGUUGUUUAUGACUGAUGUGAAAGAAAACUUCAAAACCAGUCUUGAGUCCCAUACAGUGUUAGCUCCUUUAACAUUAAAAACUGAAAAUGGUGAUUCCCAAAUGAUGGCUUUGAAUUCAUGCACACCUUCAAUAAAUUCUGACUUGCAGAUCUCUGAAGACAAUGUCAUACAAAACUUUGAAAAGACUCUUGAAAUUAUUAAAAGUGCUAUGAAUUCUCAGAUACUUGAGGUAAAAAAUGGAUCUCAGGGUAUUGGUGAAACAUCACAGAAUGCUCAAAUAAAUUAUAACAUUCAGCUUCCUUCAGUAAACACUGUACAAAAUAACAAGUUAUCUGAGUCGUCUCAGUUUUCCUCCUUCAUAGGUGUCAUGCCAACAAAAAGUAACAUUCCUCAGUCUGAAGUAUUACAUAAGGAGGAUCAAAUACAGGAGAUUUUAGAAGGCUUACAGAAAUUAAAAUUAGAAAAUGACCUGUCCACUCCAGCACCCCAGUGUGUACUGAUAAAUACAUCAGUGACACUGACUCCCACUCCUGUGAAAUCAAUUCCAAAUGUCACAGUUGUUCAGCCAAUUUCUGAAAUUAUAAGCAACAUUCAGUUUAAUGACAGAGUUAAUAAACCCUUUGUGUGUCAAAACCAAGGCUGUAAUUACAGUGCUAUGACAAAAGAUGCACUGUUUAAGCACUACGGUAAAAUUCAUCAGUACACUCCAGAGAUGAUUCUUGAAAUUAAGAAGAAUCAGUUGAAAUUUGCUCCAUUUAAAUGUGUAGUACCUACAUGUACGAAGACAUUUACAAGAAAUUCUAAUCUUCGGGCACACUGUCAGUUGGUACAUCAUUUUACAACAGAAGAAAUGGUCAAAUUAAAAAUAAAAAGACCUUAUGGAAGAAAGUCUCAGAGUGAAAAUUCAUCAGCCCCACGAAUUACACAAGUGAAAAGACAGCUAGCUCUGACAGAGGAAAAUAAAAGGGAAUUCCAGCCUGCUUUAGAAUUGGGAGCAAUGAAAGAAAAUACCCUCAGUAAUAUAGCGGUGAUCCCAGAAAAACAACUUCUAGAAAAAAAAAGUCCUGAAAAAACGGAAAGUUCUUCUCAAGUGAUUGCAAUUACUUCAGAACAGUGUAAUACAAAUCCUCUCACAAAUGUGCAAACCAAAGGACGGAAAGUUAGGAGACAUAAAAAAGAAAAGGAGGAGAGGAAACGCAAGAAGCCAGUUUCUCAGUCUCCUGAGUUUCCCACAAGAUACAGUCCCUACAGACCUUAUCGCUGUGUUCAUCAGGGUUGCUUUGCCGCUUUCACAAUACAGCAGAACUUAAUUCUGCAUUACCAGGCUGUGCACAAAUCAGAUCUACCUGCAUUUUCUGCAGAGGUUGAAGAGGAGAGUGAAGCUGGUAAAGAGAGUGAAGAAAUUGAAACGAAGCAAACUGUGAAAGAAUUUCGAUGUCAGGUGAGUGACUGUUCUCGAAUUUUCCAAGCAAUUACUGGCCUAAUACAGCACUACAUGAAGCUUCACGAGAUGUCGCCUGAAGAAAUUGAAAGUAUGACCGCUUCUGUGGAUGUAGGGAAAUUUCCAUGUGAUCAGUCAGAGUGUAAAUCUUCAUUUACCACAUAUUUGAACUAUGUUGUUCAUCUUGAGGCAGACCAUGGAAUCGGGGCCAGGGGAAGUAAAACUGAAGAAGAUGGCAUAUACAAGUGCGACUGUGAAGGCUGUGACCGAAUAUAUGCAACCCGGUCUAAUCUCCUCCGACACAUUUUUAAUAAGCAUAAUGACAAACAUAAAGCUCAUCUCAUUCGGCCACGAAGAUUAACACCUGGUCAGGAAAAUAUAUCAAGCAAAGCAAACCAAGAAAAGACUAAGUCUAAACACCGGGGAACAAAAUACAGAUCUGGAAGGGAAGGAGUCAAAAUGCCUAAGACCAAACGAAAGAAAAAAAAUAAUUUGGAAAACAAGACUGCAAAGAUUGUGCAGAUUGAAGAAAAUAAGCCUUACUCGCUGAAACGUGGAAAGCAUGUAUAUUCUAUAAAGGCUAGAAACGAUGCCUUGUCUGAGUGUACGAGCAGAUUUGUCACCCAGUAUCCAUGUAUGAUAAAGGGGUGUACGUCGGUUGUUACAAGUGAAAGCAAUAUAAUCAGACAUUAUAAAUGCCAUAAAUUAUCGAAGGCAUUUACAUCACAACACCGCAAUCUCCUCAUUGUCUUCAAACGGUGUUGCAGCUCACAAUUAAAGGAAGCUUCUGAGCAAGAGGUUGAAAAGAGUGGUGUGAAGGAUUCUGACACAAGUGUAUCAGAGAGCAAUGAUAAUGCAAGAACAGCUGUAGUUCCACAGAAGGAAGUUGUAAAAAAUGAAAAAGAUGAAGUGGAUGAACUAACAGAAUUAUUUAUUACCAAAUUAAUAAAUGAAGACAACACAAGUGUGGAGACCCAGCCUCAGACCUCUUCAAAUGUAAGUAAUGAUUUUAAGGAAAAUAACCCCUGCCAGUCAGAAAAACUAAAAGCAAGUAAUUUGAAGAGAGUUAAUAAAGAAAAAAAUGUCUCCCAAAAUAAAAAGAGAAAAGUUGAAAAAGCCGAACCAGCACCAGCAGUUGAAUUAAGUAGUAUACAUAAGGAAGAAGAAACUGCUGUUGCAAUUCAAACCACUGAGGAGCACCCUGCGUCUUUUGACUGGAGCUCAUUUAAACCAAUGGGAUUUGAGGUAUCAUUUCUCAAAUUCCUGGAGGAGUCUGCAGUGAAACAGAAGAAAAAUACCGACAAAGAUCAUCCCAAUAGUGGGAGUAAAAAAGGAUCCCAUUCAAAUUCAAGAAAAAAUGUCGACAAGACUGCUGUGACUGGUGGAAAUCAUAUAUGUUCUUGUAAAGAAAGUGAAACUUUUGUACAGUUUGCCAAUCCAACACAGCUUCAGUGCAGUGAUAAUGUAAAAAUUGUUUUAGACAAGACUCUGAAAGAUUGCACUGAGCUUGUCUUAAAGCAGCUUCAGGAAAUGAAACCUACCGUCAGUCUGAAAAAACUUGAAGUACGUUCAAAUGAUCCAGAUGUGUCUGUUAUGAAAGACAUCAGUAUGGGCAAAGCCACAGGGAGAGGGCAGUACUGAUAACUGAUGUGCUAUAAAUACAUUAUUUACAGUUUUAUUUUAAAUAGGAAGCCAUCAAGCAUGCUAAAAUUGUGAAACCUUUUCGUUAUUUUUUGUUGUUGCUGACGUGAAUUAACCUGGCCAAAAAAGAAAAAAAAAAAAAAAAAACAUGACGUUUUGUCAUGUAAAACUUUUUUUUAUCCCUAUGGGACUUGAGGAACAGAAUCCAUACUUUAGUUACUGUAAAUAGUUGAGCUAAACCUCAAAUUUCUAUCAGCCAGUUGCCCUUUUCAUGAACUAAACUGAGUUAUCUGUGUGAUUGAUUUGUCUCACCAGGUCACUGCUCAUGUGUAACAGUACUCUUUGUAGAUACCUUUUUUUGUAUAUAUUUAUUAUUGUAAAUCAUUUGCUGCCACCAGCAGUGUGUAAGUCUAAACUAUUAAAUGACACGUUUAUAUUUGGAAUUUUAAUUUUUAACCAAGUGAUCAAGUUUUUAAAACUGUUCUUUUAUUGUUUUAAAUUAAGAAUUUUUUGAACUAAAAACUAGAAACUCUGCCAUAGUUCAUUGAUUUUUUUUUACAUAAAACAUUUAUUUAUAAGAUGAUCUCCCAAAAAAAUGUACUUUUCACAGAGUAGGCACAUUAUAUCAGCAACUUGCUCUGCUUUGUAAAUUUACCUUCCAGGAUUUUUUUGGGUGGUAUACAUGUGAAAUUAAAGCAGAUUCUUUAGCAAUUUCCUAUAGCUACAAUUUUUUUUUUCAAAGCUUUCAAUUGGAUAUAGUUACUAUGAUUCCAUGAAAUAUAAUGGGAAUGUGAAUAAAGGAUUUCCUACAUCAAAGAUUUUAAACAUUUGGUAUUAAAAAAAAAAAAAUCCUUUGUGAAUGUGAUAGAAACUAGUAGUGUGGAGCAGUGUAAAUAUUUGAGGUGGUGAUUUGUGAAGUAGCCCAGUAUUGCCUUAAAUAAAAUCACAUUUCAUUUCUUGUUUUAUACAUGUGAUCUUAUAAAGGUUUUGUUUUUUUCUCCCCCAUUUUCUGAGAUUUAUAGAUUGGUGUAUAGCUUUAAACUGUAUAAACUUUUGUGGAAAGAUUUUUUUAAACAUUUUUAUAAAUCUUAAAAUUGGUAUCAUCAAAGUGAGCCCAUCUUGUGUUUAUAAAAUGCAAGAGUUCCUUAAACAUUUAUAAUUACAUAGAUAAAACACUUUCUAUAAGGAAGUUGGAUGUUUUGAUUUUACUGUUUAUAGAUGUUAGAUUGUACAGAUUUGUCUGUAUUUUCCUGCCAUAUCUAAUGAUACUUUUUUCAUUAGAUUGGUCUUCCAGAACAGUAUUAGUUGUUAUAAUUGAUUAUUUUGAUUAUUCAGUAUAUAGUUAGCUCUUAUAGUUUAGCUUUAUUCACCAUAUUUAUACUGUGGAUUUAUGGCCAGAGAUAGAGGUUAUUUCAGGAGAGUUUAUGAAUCUUUAUUUGAAGUCCAACUAAAAUCAGUACUGGAAACAAAAGAAAACAUUCUCUCAAAUUUACUUUUGUUUCUGUUUGCCAUGAAUAGUAGCAUUGAUUUUUGACUUUGUUUGUUAUAAACCAGUUACAUUCACAAUAUUAUUGCCUGAGAUAUUGAUGAUAUUGUGAUAUGAAAAUGUGUAUAUUCCCUGUGCAACAUCAGACUUGGCAGGAAAAAUGAAGCACUUAAUAUUAACUGAAAUUGCUGGUACUCUGAAUAAAUAAGCAUGGUCAAGGAGUGAAUUAUUUUCUUUUGGGAAAUAUUUUUUUAAGUUUUAUUAUUAAAAUAUUAUAGUUUUAUUUUUAGGGCCAAAUGGGGUAUAUGGAAUAGUUGGUUUCACCUCCUUAAGGUUUAUUACCAAUAUGCAUAAAACUUGACGCAUUAAAAUCUCUACCCUUUGGUAAGCCCACUGUUAUUUAUUAAAAUAAAAAUUGUUCUUAUGGGUGAUUAAUACAUGUUUUAUUCCUAAAUAAUAACUUAACUUUGAGUAAUUUUAAUAUUAAAUUUUUGUCAACAACUGAAUGUUUCCGUACAGUUUUCUUAGAAGUUGACCUAACUCUUAAAGGUAGGCAUUUGGCAAACUGCUCUAUAGUACAGCAGCAAAUAGGUUUAUUUCUGAUGAAUGUAGUGAUGAACCUGUUAAGGAAAAAUGCCAAUGUAUUGGGGCUUUUCUUUUGCUCAUUAGCUUAAGAAAAUUAACCACUAGAUGUUUCUGUAAUUGUUCUCCUACGUGUCAGUGGGGGAGAUUUGCCAACAUUGAGUUAAUUUUUUUAUAUUCCAGGUACUGUAUGCUAAAACUAAUUAUGGAAUAGUGGGCUUUUUAGCAUGGAACAGAAAAAUCAAAUUAUGGUAUAAAAUAAAUAAUGAAUUUAUAGAGCAACAGCAUGUUGGUAAAAUUUGAUACGGAAUGUAAUGCCUAAGUAUUAAAAAAGAAUCAAAAAGUA